GAAAAAUGCCUAUAAAUCUAUGAACGAAAAUAUCCCCAUAAGGCUAGAUACCCAAGAACCCACAGAGUGCACUAACCGGGUAGAUCAAUGAAAGAAACGCACUAAUCUGCUUUUCGUGUGUGUCUUGGCAAAUCCCCAAAAGAGGAUCCUAUGACUAAUGUAACACCAUAAUAGUUUAUCCAGAACCUGUGCUGGAUUUCCAGUUUCAAGUGCAACAAGAGAUUCAAAAUAAUAAAACAAUAAAUAAGAGCAUGUAGGGAUUGAAUGUUCAAGGUGGUUCUCUGAACACGAACCAUCAAUCGAGGGACAUCGCAUCCCUUCAAACACUCCACAGCAGUGAGUAUUAAAUGACGAGGAAAGUUCAAAAGAGAGCUAAAAUAUCUUACCAUUUGUAAUAACAUCUGUGAAGGAAAUUGCUGAAGGGUGAAGCUUUCUACAGGAAACCCUUUUCACAGAAGGGAAAAUACUCCAGUGCACAUGCAAUUUGUUUGGUAUGCGUCAUUUGGUACGGCACAACAUCGCAGCAUUUCAUUGAAAAUUUCUGAGUGUAAGAUGACGAAGCAAUUUUUAAUGUUUCCGAGGGUUUGUUUAUGAGUAAGAGCAGCUGUUCUCAGAGAGGAGUACGGGGAAUUACAAUUACAGUCCAACCAUUAUCAAAGUUUAUUAUACACAUUUAAAUAAUACACAUGAAAUAAAUUUGUAUUGACUUUAUUUCACAGUAUAAAGGGUCACUGGUUACAGAAGGAUUAGCGAAUAGUAUUAGACAAUGGUAUUAGGGUAAUAAUGAAUAAUAUGUAGAGCUUUCUUUACAAGUCAUGUUUAUUUAAAAAUAAUAAUUGGGUGCAUUGAUAUGAAACCCUUUUUUUCCCUUGCAGAGUGCCAAUGCUCUUAAUCAUUUUAAGAUGAAGUUAUGGAAGUGUGUUGCCAUCGUCUUGAUGCUCUGCGGUGCUGCACUCUCCGUCUUCCUCUCUAGAAUUCUGCUUUCCUCCAAAGCACAUGUUCUUCCUCACUUUGAGCAUUCAUCUUCCUUAUUAACAUCAUCAGCAUCAGCAUCUGCAGCAUCAAUGUCUUCAAACAUCUCCUCAUCUGGGACUAGGGGGAAGUUUCGGAGGGUCAGAUCGGCAAAUGGGGACAACUCGGCCAUCUCGGAUUUCAUGCACCUAUUCCAGAGUUUCACGGAGGGUGAGUUGAAACAGGUCAUCGGCACGCUGGUGCAGAGGAAAGCUCAAAGGGAUGCUAAACUGGGUAAAAGAACUAAGCGGGCCAAGAAGGGUACCAAGCCAUGUUCACUGACAGACAAGGAGGUCACGGUAAGCCAACUGGGCUUGGGCUACGUCAGCGACGAAGUUAUCCUUUUCCGGUACUGCAGUGGCAAAUGCGUGGCCAGUCGCCGCAACUACGACCUGGCGCUGGCGAAGCUGAAAGGUCAGCGUUUGUUGACUAGAGAGAACGUGGACAGGGCUCGGCACAGCCCAUGCUGCCGGCCCACGGCCUAUGAAGAGAUUACCUUCCUGGACAACCACAGCCACUACCACACCAUCCAUGAGGUUUCUGCACUGAAGUGUGCUUGUGUAUGA